AUGCCUUUUUCGAAUCCGUCAAGGCACUUUGCCUUUGCUCUGCUCAUUCCUCUGGUUCUUGCAGCAGGCUCAUUGGUCGGCACGAUCAUCGAGAACGACUUCCCAGUGCCUGUCGAGGCCUGGCUGGGGAUCCCAUAUGCUCAAUCUCCCAUCAACUCCCUCCGCUUUGCAAAAUCGCAAUCUCUGCCUCCCAGCAAGAAAUCCUUCACGGCCAAUGCAUUCGGUCCCAGAUGUCCUGGCAAGCAACUCCUUCCUCCCGGCGGUGGUCCAGACGUCUGGUCCGAAGACUGCUUGACCGCAAACGUCUUUCGUCCCACCAACAUGCCUUCAGACAAGAAAGUCCCCGUAAUGGUCUACGUCCACGGCGGAGCCUUCAAUCGCGGAACUGCAAAAAUGCACAAUACAGCCAGUAUGGUUGGAUGGUCUAUCGAGCCGUUUGUGGCUGUGAGCUUCAACUACCGUAUUGGUGCUUUGGGCUUCUUGAACUCGGAGUUGACGCAUGAGGAGGGACUGCUCAAUUUGGGUUUGUGGGAUCAGGUCUUGUUGCUUGAGUGGGUUAGAGAUAACAUCGCGGCUUUUGGUGGUGAUGCUGAGGAUGUGACACUGGUUGGGCUGAGUGCUGGUGCGCAUUCGAUUGGCCAUCACAUCAUGAACAUCAACACGCCCUCCCCUCUCUUCCACAAAGCCGUCAUUGAAUCUGGCGGCCCAACAUCCCGUGCUCUCCACCCAUACAACUCCGCUCUCCACGAAACACAAUUCCAAGAAUUCCUCAAAGAGGCCGGAUGUCAUGGUCUCCCCACUGUUUCCAUCCUGCCUUGCUUACGCAACGCUUCGGAAGCCACAAUCGUCUCUGCCUCCAACAACGUCUUCGCAACUUACAACCCUUCAGUCAGAUGGGCGUGGCAACCCGUCAUCGACAACGAACUCAUCCCCCGCCGACCCUUGGAUGGUUGGAACUCAGGAAAGUGGAAUAAAGUGCCCAUUCUCACUGGAUUCAACCACAAUGAAGGAACCAUGUAUGUUCCCAAACAAGUUGCUUCGUCUAAAGACUUCCGCGCCUUUUGGUCGACUUUGCUGCCGCAGUUGACUGAGGAGGAGUUGGAUGAAAUCGAUGCACUGUAUCCUGACCCAGCUACGGAUCCGGAGUCGCCGUAUAUUGAUACCAGAGCUUUGAAUGUGGGUGCUCAGUAUAAAAGGCUGGAAGCUGCGUAUGGACAUUACGCGUAUGUGUGUCCGGUGCGGCAGACCGCUGUACACGCUACUGCAGACCCCAAAGAUCCUGCGGUAUACGUUUAUCAUUGGGCUACCAAUCGUACUGUACUCGGUGGUGCCAAUCAUGGAGACCAGAUGUGGUAUGAAGGUUUCGAUCCUUCGGUCACUGGGGUCUCGGAUACGCAGAGGGAAAUCGCUGGCACUUUCCACGACUACAUUGUUUCUUUUGUACUGAGUGGAGAUCCUAACAGAAUCAAGGGAAGAUGGGAGAGACCUGAAUGGAAGGCUUGGGGAGAACGGGCGGAAGAAAAUACCAUGCUCAUUGGACAGGGCAAUGACGAAAGAGCUGGUGGUGGUAACUUGGGCGUCGUUGCACAACUUGUAGAAGACACCUGGGCGAGCAAGGAGUGCGAGUUUUGGUGGAAGCAGACGAGUAAUGUGGAGGAUUAA